AUGGCGGCCACAAACCGCAAAUACUCGGCGCUUCCCGAUAUCGACACAUCUGCGAAGGAUGUAUUCGAGACACCCGACCUGACCGAUGAUUCCACACUCCCCACGUCACCCUCCCGAGGGAACGGCGACCACUCCUCCGCCUCUUCCCAAACUGACGACAACGAGCACCGCGAAAUCGCCCACCCUAGACUCCAUCCACGACUCGCACGGAAUGUUUUCAAAAAUGCACAAGUAGACGCCAGUGAUGCAGACUUCUCAGACAGGAUUGCAUCGAAGCGGCAGAGUUACCGGACUACGACUUUGAAUCGACAGAGAAACCGGAUGGAUGAAGGGGAGAGGGAGCUGUAUGGCGAUGACGAGGAUGAGCUGUUCGAUGAUGACGGAGGGGAAAGUGAAAUUGAUGGUGAGGAACGGGUGGGGAAGAGAUUAGCUAGGUUAAGGAGGGAAAUGGAGGAAUUAAAGGAUAUGAUUGAAAAGGAGAGGGAGGAGAAGGAGGAGUUUAGAUUAGAACAAGGGAUCUCCGAGGGCGAGGAUGGGGAAGUGGAGGAUCCCGACGAAGAAAGCUGGGAGAGGUUGGCGGAAGUGAUGGAAGAACUAAUGACAGCAAAGGGGAAGGGGGGCGGCGCGGAGGCGGACCUUGCGCGAAAGCUAGCUAAUGGACUCAAGGUGCCACCACGGGCGGUUACUGACCCUGAAAACACACAGGCAGCGGUAGCGGCCCCGCCAUCGGGUGAAAUCGUGGAAUCUACGGGGAUCACAGCAAAUUAUACGGUGACUUACUCACCGCAUUUCAAAAAGACACACACGUUAGCCAAGGUUGCGGAAUUCGACUCUAGGAUCACCCUGUUGGAAAGAUUGCUGGGUAUAUCCUCAGCGCAGUCUUUAGCAUCUAUCCCAACGAAUUUCGCGAUCAUAUCGUCACUUGAGACGCUUACGCAGCAGCUCACAGUUCUUACAAAUACAUCCGCGUCGUCUUUGGACUCUGCUGCGAGGAGGGUUAAGAGUUUAGCUUCUGAUGCUGAAAAACUUACAGAGGCACGUAAGGCAGCGAAAGCCGCGCUGGAGAGUCGUCGCGCUGCUGGGGAGGAAGAAGCAGCGAUAGCCGGUACUCUCCCUGAAGGGCCAUCGUACCUUUCAGACGCCGAAAACGAGGCCAAGAUAAACGCUUUGUACGGCACCCUGGAGACCAUUGACAGGCUAUCCCCACUUCUUCCUGCAGUUCUAGACAGGCUCAGGAGUCUGAGAAGUGUCCAUGGGGAAGCAGCUAGGAGCAUGCAAACCCUUGAAAUGGUCGAGAAGCGACAGGAGGAAAUGCAAAUUGAGAUUACCAAGUGGAAAGAAGCACUGGAAAAGGUUGAGGCGGCAGUCGGAGAGAACGAGAAGACGGUUGGGGGUAACAUGCAGCAAGUGGAGCAGUGGGUCCGGGUGUUAGAGGAGAAAGUACGACAGAUGUAA